AUGGAGGGAGUUGAAGUCGAGCAACACGAAUUCAGCAAUCAAGGAAAAAGUGGUUGGAAUCGUCGCAAGUAUGCCGUCAUUGCGGCCAUUGUUGUGGGAUUGGGUGCCAUUGGGGCCGGAGUCGGCCUUGCAGUGACUUCUGGAAAUGAGGAACCCAUUGACAACGUUCCUUCUCCUUCAGUUGGUCGUCCCACCACUCCUGGUCCCACGCCUACCAAUGCUCCCAACAUUCGCCAAGUCAUCUUGAACAAUGCCCGCUUUGGAGGAACCGAGUUCGACAAUGCGAACAGUUAUCAAUCAAGAGCACUCGAAUGGGUUUUGACUCAAGACAUUCCUCUUACCAACUUUCCUGACAUGGACCAAGAGGAACAAACCAUGCAACUUUAUGGAUUGGCUUGUUUGUUCUACGCCACUUAUGCUACCGAAAGUGACUGGACUGACCAUCACUAUGGAAACGACGUUGCGCUUCCUGGAUGGUUGGAUAGCAAGGGAUGGGUCCAAGACGCUUCGGAUGUCUGUAACUGGUAUGGUCUUACUUGUAACGCAAAGGGACAAGUUGUCAAGAUUGAACUGGAUACCAAUGGGUUGACAGGAUCGAUCCCAGCUGAGAUUACAUACCUGAAGGAAAGUCUACAAUACAUUGAUCUAUUCAACAAUAUCAUUCACAACAAGGGUGAUAAGGGAAACGCAUGGCUCGGAGAAUUGACCAACUUGAAGUACCUCUACUUCGGACAAACAUCGUUCCAAUACGAUGGAAUUCCUACCGAAAUUGGACUUCUUACCAAUCUCGUGGAAUUGGACUGUUCGUACACUCUCUACUUUGGAAAGUUGGAUGGACAAACAUUUUCAAAAUUGUCCAACUUGAACUACCUUGUCAUCGAUGGUAACUCUUUCAACAGCACACUCCCUCAAGAGUUGAUUGACUUGCCAAACUUGGAAUACUUGUACGCCGGAAACAGUUUUGUGGAAGGCAGUCUAGAUUUCAUUUCUCAGAUGCCCAAGAUUUACGAACUCUGGCUUGAUGACAAUCCAGGAAUUGUUGGAAGUCUCCCAGCCUCCAUUGGAGCUGCCUCGAACUUGGCCAGUUUCUCCGCCACCGGCUGUGGGCUUGAUGGCAGCAUUCCAGCCGAGGUUGGACAAAUGAGCGAUUUGGUACAGAUGUGGUUGUACGACAAUAAAUUGUCCGGAUCUGUGCCUUCUACCCUUGGAAACUUGAAGAAACUAAAGCUGUUCCAAAUCCAAAAGAACCAGAUUGGAGGAACGGUUCCCGAGGAGCUUUGCUUGAAGCGAAGACCUCUUGGACGACUUGAAAUCAUGGAAGCAGAUUGUGAUGGCAAAGUCGAAUGUUCCGAUACAUGUUGCACUUGCUGUGGAGAACACUGCAUCGACAUGCGCCGCAAGAAACGCGGUUUGUAA